AGUGUAUGUAGAUGAAUUAUCUUGUGCACUUUGAUCAGUCUGAGCUCAUUAAAAAAUAAAACCAAAGUGGAAGAGGAAGAAGAAGAGGAGGAGGAGAUGUUGAUAAGAUCUGAGGAUGCUAUGGGAGAGAAGAACGUGAUAAAGGUAACAUCCUCUGUAUUCAUCUCCUCCUCCCCAGCCCACUUCGUGCUGGUGCAUGGUAUAGGAGGGGGGGCCUGGUGUUGGUACAAAGUCCGGUGUCUCUUGGAGAGUUCCGGUUACAAGGUAACGUGUCUCGACCUCAAGAGCGCUGGAAUCGAUCAAUCCAACCCCGAUUCCAUUCUCUCUUUCGAAGAAUACAACAAACCACUCAUCGACUUCUUGUCCGACUUGCCGCAGGACCAGAAAGUAAUAUUGGUGGGACACAGCGCCGGAGGAAUGAGCGUCACCGAUGCUAUCCAUAGGUUUGCAAAGAAAAUCGCGGUGGCCAUCUACGUAGGAGCGACGAUGCUUCGUUCGGGGUUUCGGACGGACCAAGACGUCAAAGAUGGUGUUCCGGAGCUGUUCAAAACGGGGGACAUGUGUGAAUUGAGAUAUGGUUUAGGACCAGACCAGCCUCCCACCAGCAUCGUUAUAAAGAAAGAAUUUCAGCACAGGAUGGCCUACCAUAUGAGUCCUCAAGAGGACUCCACCUUGGCUUCGAUGCUUGUGAAGCCAGGGCCACUUCAGGCGUUACGAGGAGCAAAAUUUGGUGAGGGAGGAGGACAAGGCGUAGAUCAGGUCAGGCGUGUUUACAUAAAGACGAUGCACGAUCGAAUCUUGAAGCCCGAGCAGCAAGAAGUUAUGAUACAAAGGUGGCCGCCGUCUAAUGUCUUCGUUCUGGAAAGCGACCACAGCCCCUUCUUCUCCGCUCCCUUUAUGCUAUUCAAUUUGUUGCUCAAAGCUGCUUCUUCCGCCGAUUGCAUCUAGAUUUUAGACGCUUCAUGUUCUCUAACAGCCCAUGAACAUUUAUUGUAUAUAUAAAUAUAUAUUUGGAAAAAGAAAUCCUGACAGCUGCUUACGUAGACAAACUAAUAAUACCACUAGUAAUUAAUAA